GGUCUUCCUGAGCCAGUUUGCAGCACGCCACCGUCAUGGUUCGCCCUCUGAACUGUAUCGUCGCCGUGUCACAGAACAUGGGCAUCGGCAAGAACGGGGACUUGCCCUGGCCCCCGCUCAGGAAUGAAUUCGGGUAUUUCCAGAGGAUGACCACGACCCCCUCUGUGGAAGGUAAACAGAAUCUGGUGAUCAUGGGUAGGAAGACCUGGUUCUCCCUUCCUGAGAAGAGUCGACCUUUGAAAGACAGAAUUAAUGUAGUACUAAGUAGAGAACUCAAGGAACCUCCCCAAGGAGCCCAUUUUCUUGCCCCUAGUCUGGACGAUGCCUUGAAGCUGAUUGAACAGCCAGGAUUAGCGAAUGAAGUGGACAUGGUGUGGAUUGUGGGGGGCAGCUCUGUUUACAAGGAAGCCAUGGAACGGCCAGGCCACAUCAAACUGUUUGUGACAAGAAUCAUGCAGGAAUUUGAAAGUGACACAUUUUUCCCAGAAAUCGAUUUGAAGAAAUACAGGCUCCUCCCAGAGUACCCAGGUGUGCCUUCUGAGAUCCAGGAGGAGAAGGGCAUCAAGUACAAAUUUGAAGUCUAUGAAAAGAACGAUUAACAUGAAGGUGUAUGCUGAUUUAUUUCGAGUUUUUUCCCUUCUUCCUAAAAAAUAUUCUAUAUUUAUAGAUUAGGAAAAAGACUUGUUCUGAUUGUUCAUCUCUGGAUAAUUUUUUUAUGAAUAGAUACCAUUUAAAAGGUAUUUCUUUUGGAAAAAAAAAGUUAGAUUUUUGGUUUUGACUGACCACAACGGAGGCCCAGCACCUGCUCAGGUGCUGUGGGAGCACAUCUGUGGGAAAAUCCAAACUGGAGGAGUCCCGCAAAGGUGUCCUGCUCAGGGAAGGACCCAGGGAGACAGGAGCGAGACAGCUUAGUCCAAGGGAGAGAAGUAGAUUCUAGACAAAGUGGCUCAAACUCACUUUUAGAAGAAAAUCAGGUCAAAGCGUGAACUGGGAAGAUUCCGUGCAUUCCACCCUUCUGAGCAAAGUUCUGCUCACUGAGACGGAAAAUGAGUGUUCCACAAUGCAGCGUGCUCCACGGCGGCGGCAGAGAAGCUGGAAAUAGGUUCGAGGUUUCCUAGGAGGAGCCUGAGACCUCAGAUUUCUACUUCUGAUUUUCAGAGGGCUUUGGCAGACACUGCAAUGACAGAGCAUGCAGACCGCUCUUUCAGAUGAAAAAGCAGUCACAAGUAUAAUGCCUGACAAUAAAAAUAGACUAUAUUGAGACUGGUUACCACUAGAAACCAAAAUUAGUACCUUAGAAACUGAAUUUCACAAAAUUAAUAAAAAGACGUUACAGGUCAUGCAAA